CCUUUUGUGAGUAAAUGUUUCGGGGAAUACUGAAGCGACGCACCGAGCGAACUUCCGGUUCACAUGUGAUGUUUUUCAGAGCAGGCUUUUUGAAGCAACCUGACAGAUCAGACAAAUUGAACAAUUAGUCUUCUGCAGAGUCGACCGUGUCCUAACUUUGAAGGGGCAUCGUUAGCACACCACUACCUUUUAAACAUGAAGCUACUGACGCACAACAUGCUGACGUCCCACGUGAAGGGGGUGACCAAGGGCUACCCGCUGCUCAUCAAGGCAACAGAGGUGAAGGUGAACGAGGUGGAGUUCAACUCCCAGUUUGUGAGCCGGAUGAUCCCCAAGCUGGAGUGGAGUGCACUGGUGCAGGCUGCUGAAGGGCUUGGCCACCUGGAAGAUCUCCCCGCUGAGCUGGUGGCCGACUACGAAAACAACGAAGAGUUCCUGAAGAAGGUCCACAAAGUGCUGCUGGAGGUUGAGGUGGUGGAGGGGAGCCUGCAGUGUCCGGAGUCGGGCCGUGAGUUCCCCAUCUCCCGGGGGGUCCCCAACAUGCUGCUGAACGAGGAUGAGGUCUAGAGACCCUGGGGAUCUGAUGUGUGAAUUCAAAGAACAGUGAACCCGGAUGGAGUGAGGAGCGGAUUUCAGUUGGAUUUAUUUUUAUAAUGUUUGUUUUAUCUUGUUUUGGUUCUUUUUCUCAAUAAAAGUGUUAUUGCUGAUUUA